CCGCGCCCCGCGGCUGAGCGGGUCCCGCCGGGGCUCCAUGGGCUGCACCGGCAGCGCCCUGCGCUGCUGCCCCGUCGGUGCCGAGAGACAGCUAAAAGCCCAGCAGCAGAGGGGGUCGGCUUCCCAGGAGCUCUCGGCCGUGAAGACACAGAAUGCCAAUGCCUGCCUGCUUCCUGAGCACGGGGAGAAGGCAGCACGGCCAGAGGAGUGGGCGGAGAGUGCGAGAUUCCUCCAAGACCAGGAGGAGGAGGAGGAGCAGGAUGCCGGCCAGGCAGGCACUGCCAGCAUCUCUCAGGACAUUGAGAUCCAGGUGGAAAAGAGAAAAGAGCUGGAGCUGAAGGAACAGCUUGAUACCCUGAGGAGAGAGCACACAGAAACCCUGCAAGAGCUCCAGGGAGCACAUGAGCAGGAGAAGCUGCAGCUGACAGAGUCCCACCACAGGGCUGAGGCAGCCUUACAGGAGAAAAUUCAGGCACUGAAUUCCCAGCUGAAAUCCUUCCAGGACAGGAUGAAGCGGGUGGAGGAGUCACUCCUGAGAACAGACUACAAGAAGCACAUCCAGGAGCACGGGAGCCCCAGCCCCUUCUGGGAGCAGGAGCUGGAGAGCCUGCACUUCGUCAUCGAGAUGAAGAACGAGCACAUCCACGGCCUGGACAAGAAGCUGCUGCACCUGGAGACUGUGGAGGAGAGGAACCUUCUGCUGGAGGAGAAGGUGAAAACUCUCCAGCAGGAGAACGAGGACCUGCAAGUUCGCACCCAGAACCACUUGGUCAUGGCGAGGCAGCUCUCCGAGGAGCUCCAGGCGGCCCGCGGGGCUCUGGAGAAGGAGGCGCAGCUGCUGGACCAGGCUCGCCGGGAGAAGGAGGAGCUGCUGUACCGAGUGCUCCACGCCGGGGACGGCGCCCCGUUCCCCAUGGCCACGGGCGAGGUGCCCCUCAUCGCCACGUAGCACCGACCGCACCGGGGCCUGCGGGGGCUGCCCUGCGAGCCCAGGGCUGCUCUCACCAGUGCCCCACGGCCGGGGCAGGGCUCCGGGCUGGCCGAGCCCUCGGGGCGCCGCAUGGACCGCAGUGAUGGAGCAUUUCACGGCAGUGAUGGAGCAUUUCACGGGACGUUUACUCCUGCAUUUCCCCAGCCCGUGUGCGGCUGCAGAGGGACCCUGGCCUCCCACCUACGCAGUCCCUGCACCCCUUCCUCUGGUGAGGGAGUGUCUGGGGGUGAAAGGGGUCAGCCAGGACACACAGACUUCCUUUGGGCCAGAUCUGACCCAGCACUUGGCUCUGAGUAUAAACAGCACCAGUGCUGCCCCAGGGCAUGAGGACGAUGAGGAGGCCACUAGGAC